CGCGCCCCGUCUCUUGAGGGCAUUAAUUUGGGUCAUAAUCGAGAUUUCUGCGAGUCGGUAAUCAUGGCUCUCAGGGUGAUCCGGCUGGUCAUCCCACCCGGAGCAGCCGUUUUUAAAGCGGGGGCAACAGCACAGAAGGUUGGUAUUCACACAAGUUCAGUAAGAAGUCUGCGGUAUGGCUGGUGGUCCUAUUGGCUGGGAGAGAGGACAACGCCACGAUUUACAGAGCACAGUAAAAUCAUCUCGGUUGAUGGCAACUUGGCUUCGGGGAAAGGAGCACUUGCCGAAAAGCUGGCUGACAGGCUUGGGAUGCUCUACAUGUCUGAACCUGACACUUUCUACUUGGACAAGAUGACUGGGGAGAAAGAACCCCUCCCUGUUGCUUUCAAUGGGAUGUGCAGCCUGGAGAAGUUCUACACAGAACCCAGUGCACCUGAUGGGAACUCCUACAGGCUACAGCUCUGGAUGUACAACAUGAGGCUCAUGCAUUAUGCUAAUGCCAUAGAACAUCUACUCACUACAGGCCAAGGAGUGAUCAUAGAGCGUUCACCCUUCAGUGACAUGGUGUUUCUGGAGGCCAUGCACAAACAGGGUUACAUCAGGAAGGAGUGUGUUGACCACUACAAUGAGAUCAAACAUAUCAGUAUUUGUGAGUUCCUGCCUCCACAUUUGGUCAUCUACGUGGAUCAGCCAGCUGAGGAAGUGCAGAAGAAGUUGAAACAGAGUGGCAAGUCUUACCUUCAGAAUGUGCCCUUAGCAUAUCUGAAGAGUGUCGAGGACUCCUACAAGAAGUCUUUUCUGCAAAACAUCAGUGAAAGUUCAGAGCUGCUUGUUUAUGAUGGGACUCAAGCACAGGAUAUUGAAAAGGUGGCAGACGACAUAGAAUAUCUCAAAUUUGAGAAAGGCCCCUGGCUCGAGCAGGAUGACGUCACCUACCACCACAUGCGGAUCCUGGUGGAGGACAAAAUGAGGGUGGCAAGCUUGUGCUGUAUACCGAAAUACCUGCCAGAAAUUACCAUUGGUGCCCACGAGUAUGACGAAACGUACUACGCCUAUAAAAGUCUCCCAGGAAAGAAGUAUGCACCCGGUUUUAAUGCAGACGUGGGAGACAAAUACAUCUGGCUGAAGUGAAUGCACCGACCGACUUCGGUUUUACUGUAAAUGAAUCUUGACUCUCGUCAUGUGACCAUUCUAACCUGUCUGAUCUGCCCCGUGGGUGGAGAACCUCACAUGCCACCUAUAUUUAAUUCAGAUGUAGUCUUCUCUUGUCCAACUGUGCAUCACGGAAAAUUGUAUAUCCUAAAAAAUGUGUAUUAAAGAAUAAAUUUCAAGGCCCUUACAUGUCCUUUCUUAC